UUUACAGAUGUUCAUGCUAUUGAUGUUGCAACUCAUAUACCCCGAGAAGUGGAAAAAGUUCUAAACGAAACUAGAAGGAUUAUAAACGGACAAGAAGUGAGAGAAGGCAGAUCAUACAUGGUGUACCUGAAAUUACCACGCAGCAAUAAGAAAACGCCCAAUUAUCGUUCAUGGUUAUGUGGAGGAGUCAUAGUCCACGAAGAGUACAUACUCACAUCAGCAGCUUGUAUUGAAGACGCUGAACACUUCUAUGUUGUGUCUGGAACGUAUAAGUACUCUGACGAAGACGAUAGAUAUAACAAUCCUUGCAUCAAAAAUGGCGCAAAGAAAGCAAUAUGGAAGUGUGUUCCAAAAAAUUAUGUAUUUGAUGGACACGAAAACGACAAUAUCAGAUGGAUGAACAACGAUAUCGCUGUUGUUAAAAUAGAAGACGGCUUCGACUUCAACCGUCGGGUUAGAGGAUGCGACUUUAUACCGAAACCUAUUUCCUAUAAUAACCAAAGUCAAACUUUAGAAAAUCCCGGCAGCGUCGUCACUAUCGCUGGUUGGGGUACCACAUCUAGAUACAACGAUUGGGUGAGCAGGCGAAAAGAUAACCAGCAGAAUCUUCUAGAAGCGAACGUAGAAAUUAUACCAAAGAGUAGAUGCAAACGUCGCUGGGGCUCGAGAUAUCACAAUAUCAUCGACAACUAUAUGAUAUGCACUAAGGAUAUAGGACAGACUAUGUCUGAGAUUUGUAACGAGAAAUAUGUUGAUUGUCAAGAUAUUAGUUAUUCUGAUGAAGAAGACGCGAGACGAGAUAUCAAAAUAGUAAAAUCAGAAAAAGUACCGACUAAUCUUGUUAUGCACUCAGCUUAUAAUGAAUCCAGACGAUACAAUUCUCAAGCUGAUGGAGGAUUUUGUGAAAAUGAUCAUGGUGGCCCGCUCGUGUACGGUAACGGAAUGAACUCCAUCAUUAUUGGUAUUAUAUCUGCCUGCCUCGUCAAAGAACGCACAAACAAAUGCUAUGGACCUUUCCUCUACACCAGCGUGUACAAAAACCGACAAUUUAUUUCUUGUGCUAUUUACAAAGACGUGGAACCAAAAUGCAGACGACAAUUUAGAUCAGGGAUAACUCACGUGGAAAAAAUACUGUCGUGGAAAAAUCAUCCUGAUGGACCAGCUAAAAAUGAAAUAUAUGCAACAUCACCAGCGCAAGUACUUCAAAGAGCACAUGAAGAUACAAAUGUUGAUACAGACAAAGUAUUUUCUGAAAGGGGUUAUAUUCAGCGAGCUGAAAAGACUUUGAAAAAUAAUUCAAACAUCAGCGAUGCUAUAAAAUUUGUAUAA